GAAUCACGUGUGGGGAGACCCGUUGAGCGUCAUGUCUCUGCCGUAGCACAGCGCUGGGCUACAUGUUUAUGAUUUGCUUCAAGUUGUCGUCCGCACUUUGUUUUUGACAGCAGCCUGCUUUUCUUUUCCCGUACCUAAUUUUUCUAAAACGAAGAAUGAGCGAAAACGAUGACAUCGAAGUCGACAGCGAUGCAGACAAGCGAGCACAUCACAAUGCGCUGGAGCGCAAACGCAGGGACCACAUUAAAGACAGCUUUCACAGUUUACGAGAUUCUGUGCCCGAGUUGCAAGGGGAGAAGAACUCUGUUAAACAGGCGUCCCGAGCACAGAUUCUAGACAAAGCAACCGAGUACAUCCAGUACAUGAGGCGGAAAAACCAUACUCAUCAGCAAGACAUUGAUGACCUAAAGAAGCAGAAUGCUCUUUUGGAGCAGCAGGUGCGUGCAUUGGAGAAGGCUAAGGGGAACAAUCAGCUCCAGGCGAGCUACUCGUCUGACAGCAGCAUGUACACGAAUCGCAAAGGGAGUGCAGUGUCCGCCUUCGAUGGCGGGUCCGACUCGAGCUCUGAAUCGGAGCCAGACGAACCUCCCAACAGGAAGAAGAUUCGCGCAGAGCCCAGCUAGGCCUGUGAAUCUCGCAAGCUCUCUGAACUGACUCUCUACCAGCCCCCCCGGCUAGUCUUACCUGUCUGCAUCCAGUUCUGCCUUCCUUCACCAGUCCAGAAGUCGAGGUGGCGACUGAGUGAGAGAGGUGCUAUUAUGUAUAAAAUGAUUAUACUUUUCCUUAUUUUCUUCUGAAAAGCACUCCUCUUGUGGCUGAGGAAUCAACUUUUAAGGCCUCGAGGUGGCCAUGCAGCUUCUGAAGGAGUACCAAACCCUUGAUUACCAUUUCAUAAUCUAAUGUUGAGAAGACAAGGUGUGAGGUUUUAGUAAAGCGACCUGUUCCUUUUUGAACAUCCUCUGUAAUUCUGUGCAGCAGUUGUCAAACUUUUAAGACCUUUGACACAAUGCUAAUUAGGGAUAGCGCUCCUUUUUAAUAAUGAUACUUUUUCAAACGAAUGUGAAGUUGCUUUUGAAAAUUAAAUAUUUAUGGUAUGCCCUGAAAUGAGUCCCUCUACUUAUGGUGAUGCGCCAAAAAAAAUCAUUUCUUACACUUAUAUUCUUCUGUUUGGCUUAAAAACACAGUGAGAUGAACAAGUUGACCUGUUGUUUUUCGUGGAUUUUUCACAGGUUCAACUCGUUAUUUCCUUCUAUUUUUAAUAGUAUUGUUAUUCUUCAAUAAAAUGUGCGUAUAAAAAUGUCCCUUGAUGGAUGCUGAAUGUUAAAAAUGCAGUUACAGGGCAGUGUUGUUUAUUUUUGUCAAUGGCAGUCCAUGUUGGUGUGUAGUAUAUAUAACACAAAUAGUGCGUCAGUUCUGCAAAAGAAAAGCUGUCUCUUCAAAUAUUUGUAUAUUUGUUUAUUUGUGUUCUGUUUUUCUUAAUGAGUUAGAUACAAGUUCCUGAAUAUUGUAAUUCAGAAAAACAACCCCUCUCCCCCCAAGUGAGUACAAUACGCUUCUGUAAAAUAGUGUGUAUGUAAUCAAUAUUUGUUUUCUUCAAUUCCUAGAACUUACAGGUAUGUUGUACAUACUACCAAUGGUUGUCUUGCAAGUUAAGGCAAACCUUUAUUAUGUAAGUAUAAAUAAAACUAUUUUAUCCUUUUGGGAUGUAUUUGUGA